CUGAUUCCACUUUAAAAUUGCAUUUAAGGUAAUCAAAAAUCCGUAUGAAUAUAUAGUUGGGUCCGAUUGGUCAAAAUUUUGGUCGCAAUGUCAUUGUUUGGAAAAAGAACUCGAGUUGCGUAUCGAUUUGCACAUUUUGUGCCUUCGAUAUCUCAUAAAUUGUAGAUUUGUAUAUGUACACACAUGUGCUUUGCUGCUAGUGCCGUAGAACGUCGUUGUCAAUUAUGGGUAAUCAGGAGACUCCGCCAUCAUCUCCGUAUAUGGAGGAAUAUAUUGAAGAAAUAGAUGAUAAUGAUUUAGAUUCAAUGGCAGACGGAGAUAUCGAAAUAAUAGAAUCUUACCAAGUUGAGGAAAACGAAGAAGAAGCAAGCGACGAUAUGGCCGAAGAAGAAGUAAUUGUGGAAGCUAUGGAGAGAGAAGAUGCGAGCUGUAUAUUUGAAAAACACACUGCUUCUGUAUUCUGUGGCUCUUUAAGUAAAGAUGCACAAUAUGCGGUAACAGGCGGCGAAGACGAUAAAGCAUACGUUUGGGAUGUGAAGAGUGGAAAACUUAUUUUGGAAUGUGAAAAUCACAAGGACAGUGUUAUAUUCGCUGAUUUUAGUUACGAUGAUUUGUAUUUAGCUACAGGAGAUAUGAAUGGUAUUAUUCAAAUACGAAAGACAUCCGAUAGAACUAUAAUUUGGAAUGAUGAUAUGGGCGACGCCACAUGGAUGCAAUGGCAUUCUAUGGCGCAUGUCUUACUUGCUGGAUCUGUCAAGGGUGAAAUUUAUAUGUGGAAAAUUCCAGAGGGCGAAUGUAAAAUUAUUCAAGGAUUUGGAAACAGAACAGAGACUGCGUGUCUUAUGCCAGAUGGGAAAAGACUCGUAGUCGGUUACGAAGAUGGCGUAAUUCGUGUAAUAGAUUUAAAAUCCUGUGCAAUUUUGACAACAAUUUCAUCUCAUAUUGGUCAUAAUGCUGCUAUUACGUCUCUUGAUUGUCACAUGGAUAAUAAUUUAAUUUUGUCAGCUUCGGUUGACAAAAAAACUAUUGUUAGUGCUGCUAAUACUGGCAAAAUAAUUAGUAUUUUACAAGAUUUAAGCAGCGAUAGUGAUGAUAAUAUUGACGAAAGUUGUAGUUCUGAUAUUUCAAAAGGAAACUGGAUAGAAGCUGUUUCAUUUUACAAAGAUCCCGUCCAACAUAUCGCAGCCACUGGAAGUGUUAAUGGUUACAUAUUCAUUUGGGACGUAUCGAGAAAGAUAUUAAGACAUAAGAUAGAUCAAGGGAGUGGAGUUGCUAAGCUUUUAUGGAAAGAAAAUACGUUCUUAAUAUUUUCAGCAGGCUUAGAUGGAAUAUUGAGAUGUUAUGAUUCAAGAACAGGUGGAUGUGUGCAUACUUUCUUAGGUCAUACCGAAGAUAUUCUUGAUAUAUGCAUAUCUAAAGAUGGCAAAACAAUUUUAACAACCUCUGAUGAUACAACUGCAAGAAUUUUUGAAAUUAAUGCAGUUUGAUUGCCUUGUGUUGCAAAUUAAGCAGUUAAAAAAAU